AUGGGGACUGAAGCUGGGAAAGACGAGGAGAAUGAUAAUCAACUUUCUUCAACAAAUCAGAGGAAGAAAGGUGGAUGGACGGCCGUAAAAUAUAUUUUAGCGAAUGAGACAUUUGAUAAGGUGGCAUCAAUGAGCUUGAUUUGCAACAUGAUAUUAUUUUUACGAUCCAAUUACCAUAUAGGAGGAAUAGCGUUACUUAAUCUACAAGGAAUAUGGUCAGGAUGUUCCAACUUUUUAACAAUACCAGGUGCUGUGUUGUCUGACACCUACCUUGGUAGGUUCUCCACUUUGCUUAUUGGUUCCAUCAUUUCUACCAUGGGAAUGGGAAUAUUGACAGUAAGUGUAGGAGUACCUAAACUAAAGCCUCCAAAAUGUGAACCACCAGCAGAAUGUCUCCCAUCCGAGUCUUGGCAGCUAGCAAUUCUCUACGCAGGUCUAACACUAGUAGCCAUAGGAGGCGGUUGCGUAAGGCCGUGCAACAUCGGGUUCGGUGCUGAUCAGUUCGACGUUACAACAGAAAAAGGCAGGGCUUCCUAUGCCCGUUUCUAUAACUGGUGGUACUUCUCCUUCACAUUUGCACUCUUGGUAGCACUCAUCGGAGUAGUUUGGAUCCAAGUCCACAUUAGUUGGGCUAUCGCCUGUGUGGUUGCAACCGUCUGCUUCGCAUCGUCAACCAUCAUUUUCUUGAUUGGUUCACCUACCUUCAUCAACAAGAAACCUCAAGGAAGCAUCUAUAUUGACAUGGCUAGGGUCGUUGUUGCCGCUUUUGGAAAAAGAAACGUACAAAAUCAUCAAACGAUCUAUGAUCCUCCUUGUAUUAGUAACAGUAAUGACGUUAUUGCACCGCCUAAGCUAAGUAGAACCAACAGACUAAUCUACUUAGAUAAGGCUUCUUUGAUAACUCAGCCUGAAGAAUUAAACAAUUCAGGCUUAGCUAUAAACAAAUGGAGUCUUUGUAGUGUUCAACAAGUGGAGCAACUAAAGUGUCUGUUUGGAAUUUUACCAGUGUGGUUAACUGGUGUUUUCUGUUUUGUGUCAAUUGAUCAACAUAAUUCUUACGGUAUACUACAAGCAAUGCAAAUGAAUCGGAGAUUUACACGGAAAGGGUUUGAAAUCCCGGCGGCAUGGAUAGGUUUCGCGUCAAUGGCGUCUCUAUCGCUUUGGAUACUAGCUUAUGAGCGUAUAUGUCUACCUUUAGCAAAGAAAAUAACAAAGAAAAACGACGUGAGGUUGUCAAUCAAUACAAGGAUCAAAAUAGGAAUAGUUAUGUCAGUUUUAAGCACGUCUACUGCAGCUGUGGUUGAGUGCAAGAGACGUGAGUUAGCCAUAAAAAACAACUCAUAUUCGUCGCCUUUGCACGUGGGAUAUUUAGCGCCACAACAAGUUAUUUGUGGGUUAACUGAAGCUUUUGCUGGGGUUACAGUAAUGGAGUUUUAUACUACACAGAUGCCUGAAAGUAUGAGAUCAUUGUCUGGCUCCAUCUUCUUCCUUAACUUGGCUAUGGCUAGUUAUAUAUCUAUUGCUAUUAUAAACAUCAUUACUAAGAUAACUCAACACACACAUCAAGGGUCAUGGUUGGGUGGAAAUGAUCUUAACCACAACAGGCUUGAUUACUUGUUUGCCAUUGUUGCUUGUUUAGGAGUGGUUAACUACUUCUUUUUCACCUUCUUCGCUAGCAAAUUUGUGUUUAUUGAUAACAACAUCGAGACUACUGAAGCAGCAAGUUCUAGUACAGAGGUGCACCCAAGAGUUGAAUGAAGGAUGGAUUUAUUCCCAUGUUGCAUUUCAUUCUUCUUCUACUUUUUUUUUUGGACAUAGGAC